AGAGAGAGAGAGAGAGAUAGGGAGGGAGUUCCGGUGUUUUACUGCACUGAUCCGGUUCCGCUCCUCCCGCGGUGUUGACGCGUGUCAAUCUUUGGGGCGCGGGGAAGGCGCGUGACGUCGCGCGACGUCAGGCUCGGUAGAAGGGGGGAGCGGGGCGCGCGGACGGGCGGAAUGGCGACGCGGUGCUGCAGCGCGAGAUGUUCGGCGGAACGGAAAGGGUUCCGGCGCGAGCUCGACUCCUGGCGGCACAAACUCAUUCACUGCGUCGGGUUUGAAAGUAUACUGGAAGGAAUCUAUGGGCCGAGGCUGUUGCAAGAUCUCAGCAUAUUCGACAGUGUGUGUUUGCUUCUCAGAUUGUGAGCCUGAAGCAACUGCUGAUUGGUCAACAGAUGCGUGCUGCUCCUUCUGUAACUUACAGUUCGAAAAAAUCAGUGACCGCUUGCCUGACUCGCCCCCCCAUGCCGAAACCCCCCCUCAGGGCAUCAACACCUCAGACACACUCCAGUGCCAAGCAGACCAAUUUCUGCAUGCAGUCUUACACAAGAAAGAAUUCCCUGAGAGCUGCGACCCCAUUAUUCCGUUGGCUGCGCAGGAGUUGAUGAGGAAGAUGAUUCGCCAGUUCGCCGUUGAAUAUGCGCAUAAAAUUCAAACAGCCGAAAACCAGAAUGCUGUCACACAAACAGAGCCAGAUGGACCACUGGACUUGACACUCAGCCGCAACACACAGUGUGCACAGCAAGACGGCGUUCUCGACCUCUCAAAGAAAAACACACCGUCUCUGAACACGCUCGCGCAACAAAGACUAUCAGGUUGUUUGGAGACAAAGGAGGAAGAGUGCAGGACAAAGGAGAGAGAAGAGGGACAGGAGCGGAGAGGUACGGCGCUGGAGGAAGUGAUGACAUCACUUUGUGCUCACCACAGAGUCCUGCUGUUGCGCAUUCUGGAGGAAAUGACAUCAUUCCCGCCAAAGGACGAGCGUGGGGCGGUGGCAACUCAGAGGGACGUGCGUGGGACAGCAGGGACUCCGAGGAGCGAGCGCGGUGGUCACUGCUGUCACACUGAUGAAUCGCUGUGCGUGUUGAGUAGCUGUAUUGCGGCCGGGUGCGUGUGCCCGUGCAGACUUGGUGUGUGUGCACUGCAUUCCGUGUGUCUGUGUAUGAAUAGUUGUAGCGGCUUCUCCUGUCGGAGCAUCACGCUCGGAUGUGCCGGCUGCUGCGCUCGCUCUCGGAUACUGGUGUGCCAGCACACACACAGCAGUGACAUCACAAACGGGAGAGUCACACACUCGCGCUGCCACAGUCCAUCCCCUCCCCCAUUGUCUCCUCCUCCGCUGUCCCCGAAACCACAGGACGCCGAGAACAGUCGUGAUCCUGAUAUGCCCACGCUGAACACACACACCCUAAAUACACAGCCUCCUCCUCUCCUUCCUCACAACACACACACUGAUCAAACACUGACACCCGAGACACACACCAAGCCUGAACACUUUAUAGACUUAAUGGACAAGUUCACUGACAGACUGAUGGAAGCGUCAGAGCGAGAGUGGAACGUGCACACGCACACGGGUGACAGUGAGAAAGUGUGUGACGACACACACCUGACCGAGAUCAUCACCACUGUCUUACACAGAAGCAGUGAGAGAGACUAUAACCUGAAGGAGCUCUUCGAGCAACACCUCGCCUCUGAGAAACGAUCCCCUCAGACGCGCUCACAGAGGCGACAAGAAGUGAUGCAGGCCAUCAGCAGGUCACACGACCAACCCGCAACACGCAGGCAGAGCCUACAGAUCAAACGCGACCUUGCACGACUUGAACCCGAUAUUUCUAGGAAGAAGAAGAGGAAGACACAACUGAUUACCCAUAGCACACACAAUGAGAGCCCAGACACGCCCAUCUCACCCGCCCAGAGCCCAGACACGCCCAUCUCACCCGCUCAGAGCCCAGACACGCCCAUCUCACUCGCCCAGAGCCCAGACACUCCCAUCUCACUCGCCCAGAGCCCAGACACGCCCAUCUCACUCGCCCAGAGCCCAGACACGCCCAUCUCACCCGCCCAGAGCCCAGACACGCCCAUCUCCCCCGAUCAGAGCCCAGACACGCCCAUCUCACCUGCCCAGAGCCCAGACACGCCCAUCUCACUCGCCCAGAGCCCAGACACGCCCAUCUCACCCGCCCAGAGCCCAGACACGCCCAUCUCACCCGCUCAGAGCCCAGACACGCCCAUCUCACCCGCCCAGAGCCCAGACACUCCCAACUCACACGCCCAGAGCCCAGACACGCCCAUCUCACUCGCCCAGAGCCCAGACACGCCCAACUCUCAAACGCAGAGCCCAGAUACGACCACGUUACACACUCAAAGACAAGAUAUGCCCAGUGCAUAUAGUAACGUAUCAGAGACCUGUACAGAGAAAGCAGAACCCUGCGGCACUUUAAGGUCACGGCGGAAUAUUGUCCGUCCUCAACACUUGUCUUCAUAUGUCACCGAGCCAAGGAAGAUGUUUUACGCUGCCUGUCGCUCUGCUAAAACUAACAGCACCCCCACACAUGGCACUGACACGACUGAACCCCCGCCCAGUGCUGUGAUAGAACAACUCAAAACUCCACCUGUUUCACCUAACAAGAGAAUAGUCUGUAAGAAGGAGAACAGUGGACAGUCUCAUGCUGAACGUCGGCUAAGAGUAAAGACACGCCGUUCUGAAGACGUAACACGAUCCCCAAGUCCUGCUAUAGUUGACUCUACAGACACUGACGAUGUUAAGUACGUCAGUCCCAUAAAACUCAUGCUGGUGUCAGCUAUUAAAGAUGAAGAUGGUGUUAAGUACACACUCAGAGCUGCACAACCACACAAUGAUGAAGAAUCGUUCGAUCCGUGUGUGGAGGAAUCGUGGGCAGGAAACACAAUCAAAGAACAGGCCAAGGAGGAAACCAUACAGACAGUGAGCAACGAGUCAUUUGAAAAGCUCUCUACAGAAGAGUCUACUAACACAGAGGGUCUGAGCGACUGUGUAAACAUCAUUAAUGAGACCGAACCAACUAUUAAGAGGCGCCCUGGGCGGCCCAAAAAGUUAAAAGCGCCAAUGGAGAAAGCAGUGAAGCGUCCGAUCGGCCGACCACGGAAAUCCAAACCAGUGGACACAAAUGCUGUUCCCAGCGAGAACACCGAAAAACAAAGAGCGGAAGAUGUGUCGAGUGGAGAGGACGGCAAUAAAAACCUGAAGAUCACUAUUACGUAUGGGAGGCGGAAAGCACGGAGGAUGGUGUGUGAAGGACAGGUUCCCACAGAACAAAGCAAAGGCAAUGGAGCUUUAACACAAAGCAGUAAUGCAGAAGAGAAUGCACAGUCUACACAGGCACAAGUCAGCAUGAAUAAAGAUCAGUUUAGCCUAGUAAUGCCUGUGGAGGACCGGAAAAGUCUCACACAUUCAAUCAUGUGUCCAAAGCAGAGUGAAGGAGCAGGAACGAGGAGACCAGGACGACCAGCUAAGGUCAAAAUCUCAGGGAUUUCCGUUACUGUUACCACGGUUUCACCACGGCAGCGCAAAAUCCACAUGAAGCGAGACGUGAGAGAACCAGCGAUACAGCGACGGGCACUGAUGACUGAACUGGAACCGAAUGAAGAGCCAGAGACAAUCACUGAGGAAACGCAAAACUCUGUUAGACACUCAGUCAGAGAAAGAAAACCUUCCGUCCAUCUGAUGCGGUGUGUCGCUAUGUCACGUUCUAAUACACCAACACCCAGAACACGCAAACUGCUGCUGAACAAAGCUAAUGAACCACAGCAGGAGACAAAACAACAUGAACCUAAAGAUGCUAAUGACACCAAGACUAGGCCAAACACUUCUCCACAGGAUGCCGUCCAUUUUUCAGCAGUGUCGGUUGAGUCCCUCUUUGAUGCAAAUCUGCAAUGGUGGCCAACGUCAGCGUCACCUGAGACGUUAAAGGAAGAGAUGGACAAGCGGCUCAAAUUGAUGAAAGACACGUGGGUUUCAGACACGUCAGAUGUAACCACAACAGAUGAGGAUAACGGCUCUGCUCCAAGUUCGUCCGCAGUGAGGAUGCUGUUUGAGCGAGACUGCAGCAUGGAGACUAUUUGCUCCUGGUUCAUGCAGACAACCGAGACUCAGUCUCUUGCCAUCGUAAAGAAGGCCAACAACCGAAACCCAUGUGAGGUUUUUCAGUACAGCUCAGUCCAGGCGAGUGAUAGACCAAAUGUAUGCUCAAGUCCUCAGGCAGAGCGGCUCAGGAAGUGCGUCAAGAAAUUCGCUACAGUUGUCCCUAAAAGUCCGACGAAGCUCCGGCGAGCACAAGCGAAGGUCUGUGGCACACAAAAUUGUUUCACCAAGCAACAUAUAUUCAGCACGACAAACAAUGAUACUGAGAAAUCACAGCAGUGCGGAGCGUGGCGCCUUUAUAGAACUGCGCUGGAUCGAGCAAGAUCACGAUUCAAAUCCAGGACUAAGAACACCGACGUAGAGUACAAGAGCCUUAACGAGCAGGAGGAGAGCGGAAUUCAGUCUGUGAGUGUGUCUGAACACGGUCUACUGAACAUAGUACAGAGUCAGUCUCGCAGGACAUCAGCUCAGCAAAAGCAGGUCACUGCUAACGCCUGGAGUGCGCACACACUGAGGGAGUGCAAAGUAUUUCUGAGGAAAUUAAACUCCGCCAACACACGCUCACUGUCUGAGGAGUCCAACGACUGUACAGUGAGGUUCAGUGUAUCGCCUGCUGGAGGUGGGUCAGUGCAACAUCGGGAGCAAGGGGUCAGAAAGAGCAUUAAACUGAAGAAGAUGAGUAACUCGGGCAUCUCCACACGGCAGCGGAGUAAGGUAAACAGGAAGCGCAGACACUCCUGCACAAAUGUGUUGCCCUCUUCACCGAAACGGCAGCGCAGCAGCAGAGGAGUGAUGGCAGCCAAGUGGUCCGACUUUAUACUCGGUCCAGCCAGAUAGCAGCGUUGUUCCUCACACACUCGGUGCCUUUAAAAAUGAUGAGCCGGGGAAACAAGAAGUGUUACAACACGCACACAAAACCCGGCAAGCAUCACGUAGCAACAAACUUUAUGAAACUUGCACUAUUUUACUGCAUUAUUUCUUUAUUUUCUCUUUAUAUCUGAGAGACGCUGUGUUGGAGUUGUUUUUUAAAUGUGUUUUUAUUGUUUGUUCAGAAGAGCGAGUGCACUCGAUGUGAUCUCUAAACGUAUGUAAACGAGUUCGAGCCAGCACACUGAUGUGUUUAAUCUGUGUUUAUCAUUUAACACCUGAUACACUGCACUCUCAGAAAGAAAAUUGCAUUUAUCAAUCUAUUGUUCAGAACGAAACAAUAUUUAAUUUUCAUGUUGCACUUACCUUUAAUUUUAUUAUAUAAAAUUAGAUUCUAAGCAUUAUUCUCCAGUUUCAUGUCCUACAGGCUUUAUUCUUCGAGAAAAACACACUCUCUCAAAAAUAAUAAGGGCCCUUAGACCACCUUAUGCUGCUUUCUGAAUAGGAGAAACUUCAUUUCUUCCCAAACAUGCUGCCUACCUAGAGAGUGAAAUGCAGAGGGAGGAUCGUGAAAGAUCCACGCUAACAAAAUCCACAGUGUGUGAAUAUUGUGCAACAGUGUGAGCUCAAAAUGAUUGAAUUCUGAUUCUCAGGGAAAUGAUUCGGUGCAACAUAAAAUCUUCAGUUUAGUCAUGAUUUGAUUAGAUUCUUUUUAUUAACACUAAGACGCUUAGACUUGAUUGGAAGAGCUUUAACAUAAUUGUCAAACAUUUGCAAUAAUCAUCUGUAUUUUUACCUUUGAGAAAUUUUGGCCAAAAAAUUAUCUUGGAUCUCAUUAUAUCUGUUUACAGAAUUACAAAAUUGAUGCAGCUGAUGCAUCUUCACCUUAAGACCAAUGUAGUUUUACACCCCUUGUUUUGUGAUAUAUUGUGUAAAUGAUCAUCAGUACAUGCCUAAUUAUAUAUUUUACUGUGAGUAACAUUGGACUCUGGUGGAAACUGAUUACAAAAUCUACCAGUAGUCUUUUCUGCAUGUGUGUGUGUGUGUGUGUGUGUGUGUGUGUGUGUGUAUAGGUGGACUCUUAAAGCAUUAAAAUGUGUAUGUUGUGUUGCACUACAAGUAGGUAAAUGUUACCUUCUUUAUUAUUUUAUAUAAACAUAGACACACACACAGAGUGGUGAGGUUGAUGGUUUCUCUGAGCAACAGCGCACCUUCCUAAAAUAUUUCCAAACGUCAAAUGCGUUGAUUGUCGGCUUUGCAAUACAUCACAAUAUUUAACACACAGUCUAUCAGUGCCUCUGAAUUUCAUUAAGGCAGGCAGCAUGUUUGAGGCCCUGAGAUAAAUUUCAAUUAAACUCCAUGUUUCAGUGUACAAAAUCUAAAGUCUGCAGGGAACGCUUAAUUAUUAUUUUUUCUUAAACAAAUCUGAAGUCCCGUAAUUCCGGCGUGUUUAAAAUUUAAUUUAAACACUGCUAAUAAAAAAUUUAAAAUCAUGACAUGAGCGUCUAAUAUUGGCACAUGCCCAACUUUUCCAUGCCAUAUUGAAGCUUUUUUGUGUGUAGCUUCUACCUCCUCAGUUUUACUGCUAAAAAUGAUAAAGUACUUUCAGUUUUCAAAUUUCUCAUUUCUCUUGCAUUACAACAAUCCGUUGAUACCUGCGUUUAAAGUUCUACACCAGGGUUUCACCACUUAAUCUCUGUCCACUGCCUCUGUAUUGUCUUUUUCCACAGACAAGAACUUCUCUGCACUGAGAAAACGUCAGUUGUUGAAUUCCGUCUAAAAACGUUUAAUAUUUUGUCUAUAUUUUUACCUUUACAUUCUAACAAUAAAGCAUGACGAUGAGGCAGACAAGAGAAAGCAAUGCCAAAACUGUUCUUAUGGAGUUUCGUCCAAAUUUCUGACCCUGGAGCAAUACAGUACAAAAGUAGUUCCGGUUAUUUGCACUUUUGUAUUGUCCAUGUGCCAUCAGACUCUCAUAACUACACUGCUAACACCACAGAUAUUUCUAAAUACAAGGAAAAAUUCUUGUCUCAAUGAACACAGAAGAUAGAUAUCAAAGUUAAAUGUCUCGAUGGCUGUUCUUACUUAUAGAUGAAACAAUUUUUUGUGUAAAACUGUCCGAGUUCAUUAUUUAAAGCAGAGGAAUCCCCUUGAUCUUGAUGAAGUGAACUGCACUAGUUUAUCUCCCCUAGCCUCUUAGUGCACUAGUGUGUUAAACGCCUUUAAAAACGUGUGAAUGUGUUUCUGUGAUUCGAAGGCUUUUACGUCAAACUGUAAGCAUUAAGCGAGGGGAGGGAUUUCCUUUUUCAUAGCUGUAUGGUUGUGUUGGUGUUUCGUAAAAUAAAAAAAUCAUUUGAGGUUUUUUUGUUUGUUUUUUUGUUUAUUUUGAAGGGAUUGUUGGUUACAGUGAGAGCUGAAAGUAUCCACAUGGUGCUAAACACUGUACAGAGAUAUAAAUAUACACACUUUAUCUUUUCUAAUGUGAUUUGAACAUGUAACAGAAUGUCCUGUCACUAGACCAAUAAAGGUGCUUCCUUUAAAAAA